CUCGCUGGAUGGAGGUGGUUCUUGGCUCGACCUCUUCCCAAAUCUGGAGUGAAGUUACUGAACGAGGAACACUCUGGAGUGAAGAUACGAAACGAUUGGCUGACAAGUCUCGACACACGAGUUCAACAGUAAGCACUUUACUUGCUUUGGAUCAACGGCACUGGUUCACUGACUUUUGACCAUUUUUAAAGUGCCUUUCAGUAUCCUGGCUGCUCACACUUGAACAGAAGACCAAAGAGUAUUUACCUAGAACCAGAUAGUCAGGCUGAAAUGACACACACACACACACACACACACACACACAAACUCCGUUCCUCAGGUCUUGCUACAGUAUCAACUCAUUUAACCUUUGCAGAAGCCUUACAGUAUGUUUUGCACAUCAGUAUGUACACUAGUAUGUAUAGCCUUUGUAACAGGCGCCUCUGCUCAAACACACGUGACCGGCCUCUUGACAACGUCUUAGCCAACUACGGUACCGAACAGCUAGCAGUUUGGUGGGGUGAGGUUACGUCCCAGCGUCUCUGAGGGAGAAGGAUGAUGCAACGUUUUCUUUUUAACACAGGUACAGUCCCUUGGUAGCACAGUCUUUUUUUGUUUUUCAAUUUUUAUUUGAUAGUGCUUUUUCUUAAUUAAGAUAACCAAACGUUUCGGAAAAUGUGUACAGUAGUACAACUCUUGGUUUAUUUAUUAUUGUUGCGUACAAUGUACAUUGUACCCAAAUAUACCUAGUUAUUUCUAUUGGUCAUGAUGGUUAAAAAAAAAAAAGGUCCUAAUGGGAGGUUUAACUUCAGAAGCUUUUCAACUUUGGUUAUAUGUUUCAGGUCUGGUCUCCAGAUCUGUUUGCGCCUACUGCAACAGUCUGGUUGACGCUGUAUUUCACGUUAAACAAGUGCCUUUAGAGUAGUGUGAUUGUGAGGGACACAGUUCUCUACUAUUUGUCUCCUCUGCUGGUAUGUACAGUAUGUCUGUUUGAGUGUGCUUGUAUGUGUGUUCUGUUAGUGUGUUUGUGUGUACAUGUAUACAAUCAUGUCUCAUGUUCAAAUUGUUACAAUAUUACACAUUGAUGAUUUGGGCUGAUUCUCUGAUUGUUACGGUACAUCACCACCACCUGGUGGCGAAAAAUACGAAUUUCUCGGGGGGGGUUAAACUAAUGACGUAUGUCAAGCCAAUAGCGCCAGAACCCACUACUGGGUCCCUAAUAAUAAACCAGACAGCAUAUUUUGCUACACGAUCACUGGCCGAAUUAUUGCGAGCGCAUCUACACAAACCCAGGUACGAUACCAUUUUAGCUAACAACAAGCUAAAGUAUUAACCAACCAUGGUCUGUAUUUUUAAACGUGUGCUGUGAGAGGAUGGUCGGACGAGCUAUGGGCAAGGAGAAGCUUCACAUCAACAUCGUGGUGAUCGGCCAUGUGGACUCAGGCAAGUCGACCACCACGGGCCACCUCAUCUACAAGUGUGGGGGCAUCGACAAGAGGACCAUUGAGAAGUUUGAGAAGGAGGCCGCUGAGAUGGGGAAGGGCUCGUUCAAGUACGCCUGGGUGCUGGACAAGCUGAAGGCAGAGAGGGAGCGAGGCAUCACCAUCGACAUCUCCCUGUGGAAGUUUGAGACCAGCAGGUACUACGUCACCAUCAUCGACGCCCCGGGACACAGGGACUUCAUCAAGAACAUGAUCACUGGCACCUCUCAGGCGGACUGUGCUGUGCUCAUCGUGGCGGCGGGCGUGGGCGAGUUCGAGGCGGGCAUCUCCAAGAAUGGGCAAACCCGCGAGCACGCCCUUCUGGCCUACACCCUAGGGGUCAAGCAGCUGAUCGUAGGGGUCAACAAGAUGGACUCCACCGAGCCCAACUACAGCCAGAAACGCUACGAGGAGAUUGUGAAGGAAGUCAGCACCUAUAUUAAGAAGAUUGGUUAUAACCCGGAUACGGUGGCCUUCGUUCCCAUCUCCGGCUGGAAUGGGGACAAUAUGCUGGAGGCUAGCCCUAACAUGACAUGGUUCAAAGGGUGGAAGAUCACCCGUAAGGACGGCAACGCCUCUGGGACCACCCUGCUGGAGGCUCUGGACGCCAUCCAGCCGCCCUCCCGCCCCACUGACAAACCCCUCCGCCUGCCCCUACAGGACGUCUACAAGAUAGGAGGUAUUGGUACGGUCCCGGUGGGGCGGGUGGAGACGGGCGUGAUCAAGCCAGGCAUGGUGGUGACUUUUGCCCCCGUCAAUGUGACCACGGAGGUCAAGUCAGUGGAGAUGCACCACGAGGCGCUGACCGAGGCCAUGCCUGGAGACAACGUGGGCUUUAACGUCAAGAAUGUGUCGGUAAAAGACAUACGGCGAGGAAACGUGGCUGGAGACAGUAAGAACGACCCGCCGAUGGAGGUGGCCAGCUUCACUGCACAGGUCAUCAUCCUGAACCACCCAGGUCAGAUCAGUGCCGGCUACGCCCCCGUGCUGGACUGCCACACGGCCCACAUCGCCUGUAAGUUCGCCGAGCUGAAGGAGAAGAUUGACCGGCGCUCGGGCAAGAAGCUGGAGGACAACCCCAAGGCCCUGAAGUCUGGCGACGCAGCCAUCGUUGCCAUGGUCCCCGGGAAGCCCAUGUGUGUGGAGAGCUUCUCCGAGUACCCACCACUUGGGCGCUUUGCGGUGCGUGACAUGCGUCAGACGGUGGCGGUGGGCGUGAUCAAGGCGGUGGAGAAGAAGGCUCCGUCCACGGGCAAGGUCACCAAGUCGGCCCAGAAGGCCCAGAAGGUCAAAUGAACGUUGUGUUGGGCUGGCGACGUUAGUGUCCGCCACCGUGAAAACAUCACUCCCCUCCUACACACCAUAGUCCACGUCUGGUCCAUAUGCUCACGAUGCAUCGCAAGAGCAGACGGAGGGAAACAAUGUCGUGGUAUAUUCAUUAAGGAAGUGUUCUGUUUUAUAUAUAUACACACACAUAUAUAUAUAUGUGUGUGUGUGUGUGUGUGUUUUGGACUGCUUGUUUGACUGUUUGUGGUUAGGAUACACUAUCUGAGUAGAAGACCAUUUAAAUAACUCCUCUAGAUGUGUACUAUUGUACUCUGUUAACCAUCAAAAAUGGUAUUGAUAGUGUUGGUUUGCAUUAAACUAGCUGCUAGUUAAUGUUAGUAAAAAUGUACAAACAUUUUUCAGUCGAUAAAAUGUUGAAAUGAUGUUGUUUUCCUAUGGCUGCUUCCAUGUUCCCAAUGCACUUUAAGAAAUAUAUCAGAUACUAACACAUUAUAGCACCUUGCUUGGCUUAAAAGCUCCCUUGCACUGUUCAAACCUUGUCGACACUGUUCCCUCGACACCUUAUUGUAUGCAACCUGUGAGCUUAAUCUAUAUCAAAAGACAUUAAAAAAAGUGUUCAAACUUA